UUUAAAUUAAGAAGGGGGCUUCUCUUCCCUGUCUCUCUCGUUUCUCUUUGCUCGAUCACCCGUCGAAAUUGGUUUUGGUGCGCUUGAAGGCGAAGCUAGCUUCAUAGAGUCCGCAAUUCCAGAUUGUGACGUCCAGUAAAAAAUGAGGGGAAGAAGCUACAGUUACAGCCCCUCUCCUCCUAGGGGAUAUGGUAGAAGGCACAGAAGUCCUAGCCCUAGGGGACGUUAUAGAGGUCACAGCAGGGAUCUGCCAUCCAGUCUCCUUGUUCGCAACCUUCGACACGACUGCAGCCCUGAAGAUUUACGUGGACCAUUUAGCCAGUUUGGUCCUCUGAAGGACAUAUAUCUGCCUCGUGACUAUUACACUGGGAAGCCUCGUGGAUUUGGAUUUAUCCAGUUUGUAGAGCCUGCUGAUGCUGCUGAAGCUAAGUAUAACAUGGAUGGUGAAGUUCUACUUGGGAGGGAACUAACAGUCGUUUUUGCUGAGGAAAACCGAAAGAAGCCCUCAGAAAUGAGGGCCAGAGACCGUGGCAGUUGUAUGUAUGUUCAGGGAUCGUGAAAGCGAGCUCAGGAGGUCGCAUUCAUCACGUUAUGGACGCAGUAGGUACUCCAGGAGCCCUUCGUACUAUUCUCCUUCUCCUAGAAGAAGGCGAUACUCUAGGUCACCAUCCCCUAGGGACAGGAAGUAUAGGUCCAUUUCUCCAAGGGAGAGAAGCUACAGGGAGAGGUCCUACUCGAGGUCGAGGUCGCCUUACACGGCCAGGAGCAGGAGCCCAAGUGGCAGCAGGAGCCGGAGCCGGAGCUUCGACUAGUAGUUGUGUCUCUAUAUGUAAGUUGGGAGUGGCAGUUGGAACAAAGGAGUUGAAAUUUGAACCUAAAUGUUUGGAGAAUGUGUAGCAUAAUCGUAGUGGAUGACUAUACAAUUGAUCUGUGCUUUAUUUAGUAGUUGUAAUCCAGACCCUUGCGAACUGUGUGUUAAGUUUCGUGUGUGGUCUCGGUGGUUAAUGACAUUACAUGUGACAUUACAGGUCCGUAGUCUAUCCGUCGAUGUCCAAAGUUCUUCAAGCUUUCGUUAAUGAAACUAGAGAAUGCCCAAUUGGAAAAUUUUCUUGCUGGUUGAGAUCAAUCUUGUCUGGUUGGCCUAGGCUUCCUGAUUCGGCAUGUACUAUUGUCAAUCAUUUCUGCGUUCUGUGAUCC